CGGGGGGCGUGGCCAGGCAAACCAGCUUUACGGUACAGUGGCCGCCGUUUUACGACAGGCCGGAGUUGCUUUGUGGCUGUCGAUUUUCUCGUGUAUGAGCUUCAGUAUCGUGGUGGCGUCCGCUCCGACGGUGCUGAAAUGAGGCAGAAGCGGAAAGGAGAUCUCAGCCCUGCUGAGCUAAUGAUGCUGACUAUAGGAGAUGUUAUUAAACAACUGAUUGAAGCCCACGAACAGGGGAAAGACAUCGAUCUCAAUAAGGUGAAAACCAAGACAGCUGCCAAAUACGGCCUUUCAGCACAGCCCCGCCUGGUGGAUAUCAUUGCUGCAGUCCCUCCGCAGUAUCGGAAGGUCUUGGUCCCCAAGUUAAAGGCAAAGCCCAUCAGAACUGCCAGUGGGAUUGCUGUUGUUGCUGUGAUGUGCAAACCCCACAGAUGCCCACACAUAAGUUUUACAGGAAACAUAUGUGUCUAUUGCCCGGGUGGACCUGAUUCAGACUUUGAGUAUUCUACGCAGUCCUACACCGGAUAUGAGCCAACCUCCAUGCGAGCUAUUCGUGCUAGAUAUGACCCUUAUCUACAGACGAGACACCGGAUAGAACAGUUAAAGCAGCUUGGUCACAGUGUGGAUAAAGUGGAGUUUAUCGUGAUGGGUGGAACUUUUAUGGCCCUUCCAGAAGAAUAUAGGGAUUAUUUUAUUCGAAAUUUACAUGAUGCCUUAUCAGGACAUACUUCCAACAAUAUUUACGAAGCAGUCAAGUAUUCUGAGAGAAGCCUCACGAAGUGUAUCGGAAUUACCAUCGAGACCAGGCCAGAUUAUUGUAUGAAGAGACACUUAAGUGACAUGUUGACCUACGGCUGCACUAGGCUGGAGAUUGGAGUGCAGAGUGUGUACGAAGAUGUGGCCAGAGACACCAACAGAGGCCACACUGUCAAGGCAGUGUGUGAGUCGUUCCAUCUGGCCAAAGACUCUGGUUUCAAAGUGGUGGCUCAUAUGAUGCCUGAUCUGCCAAACGUGGGACUAGAACGGGACAUCGAGCAGUUUGUAGAGUUUUUUGAGAACCCUGCUUUUCGUCCUGAUGGUAUGAAACUCUACCCUACCCUGGUGAUUCGUGGUACGGGACUGUACGAACUUUGGAAAUCAGGACGAUAUAAGAGUUACUCUCCUAGUGACCUGAUCGAACUAGUGGCUCGGAUCCUAGCCCUUGUGCCUCCAUGGACUCGAGUGUACCGAGUGCAGAGAGACAUCCCUAUGCCCUUGGUCAGCUCGGGAGUGGAACAUGGCAACCUGAGAGAACUGGCCUUUGCAAGAAUGAAAGACCUCGGGAUACAGUGUCGGGAUGUGAGAACCAGAGAGGUUGGAAUCCAAGAAAUUCAUCACAAAGUACGGCCGUACCAGGUUGAGCUGGUGAGGAGAGAUUAUGUUGCAAACGGUGGCUGGGAGACGUUCCUGUCCUACGAAGACCCUGAUCAAGACAUUCUGAUUGGCCUCCUGCGGCUGCGGAAGUGCUCGGAGGAAACCUUCCGUUUUGAGCUGGGGGGCGGGGUGUCCAUUGUGCGAGAGCUGCACGUGUACGGAAGCGUAGUCCCCGUGAGCAGCCGGGACCCUACUAAGUUUCAGCAUCAGGGCUUUGGCAUGCUGCUGAUGGAGGAAGCAGAAAGGAUAGCUCGAGAGGAGCACGGAUCCGGGAAAAUAGCUGUUAUAUCAGGGGUUGGCACCAGGAAUUACUACAGGAAGAUUGGCUACAGGUUACAAGGCCCAUACAUGGUGAAGAUGCUGAGAUAAUGACACAGUCCCCUCUCAUGCGGCACCCUUCCUGGCAGAACAUGGCAGAGCAGCAAAGCAGACAGACCUCCCUUGUCCCCCGGCCACAGAGACUGGAAACUGUCACAGGAACCCAGAGCACCCCACCUGUGUGUACCUGAGAAGUGGCUUCGGUUUUUGAGGCUUAAAUCAUUUCUCUAGUUUUCACGUUCUGCACUGGGCUGCCGGUGACCUGUUUUUACUCACUGACAAGAGCAGAUCAACUCAUUUAGACCGCGUAGCCCAGAGAGUAGGACUUGUGAUAAGUAUUUGAGGAGCGGCCUGGGGGGGGGGGGGCGGCUAUUUAUAUACUCUGGGGGUGAAAGUCAGGUUGAGAAGCAUAAAAACCGUCACACUCGCCUCUCUGGCCCUUAACUACAUAAUGCAUUCACCCAGGAGUUAAGAAAAUGAGCUUUUGUGUUAAUGGAAGUCGUUCCCAUUACUGUGCUGAUGCUUUGACAAGAGGCUGACAAGGAAAGUGGAGUUAAGCUCGGGCUUCAUGUUAAACUCGGGAGCUGUCGCCAGCCCCUGCCGUGCACCCUGCGCUGGGCCUUCAGGGCCUCCUGUGCCCAGUCGUGACUGUGGGAGCUUCUCACACCCUGGCGAUGCAGAGCAGUGUGGUCCCAGAGAGCCCUAGGCUGCUUGUGCCUCUCCAGUGCAGGCAGGGUCCAGUGGUCAGAGGUGUGACCUCCAGCCACCAUACUGUUCCCUGCAUUUCCUUCUCGGUGGGUGUUGGUUUGUGUUAAGGGAGAAAGGCAAAAUUUCAGCUCAGCUAUGACAGCAAAAAAAUAAAUGGAAAUUGGGCCCAACUAUGAAAAUAGGGGAUGACUGGUAUUUUUGAAGGUGCAUCUCGUAAAGCUGCUUCUUGAGACCCCCAGGGACAGCAUGGCUCCACUCUGGCCCCAGUGUCAUGUCCUCACAAAGUCUAAAGGCCUGAAAAUAAAGUCUUGUACACAGGAA